GGCAGGGCGGCUCCGGUCCGCACGCAGAGAGCGCCGGGCCGCCGGAGCAGAUGUCAUCGUUGAAUCUCCUGGAAUCUUUUCACAUCCACCAUGAACAUCUCUCACUUCCUGGCCUUGCUGUUCCCAGAAUCCCCACGGGGUCAAAACAGGAGCAAGUCAAGUUCUCUGUACACUCCAUACAACUUCUCUGACUACUGCCAGGAUUCCAUAGACCCAAUGGUCUUCAUUGUCACCUCCUACAGCAUUGAGACCAUCGUGGGAGUCCUGGGCAACCUCUGCCUGAUAUGUGUGACCAUUAGGCAGAAGGAGAAGGCCAAUGUGACCAACCUGCUUAUUGCCAACCUGGCCUUCUCUGACUUCCUCAUGUGCCUCAUCUGCCAGCCACUCACGGCUAUCUACACCGUCAUGGACUACUGGAUCUUUGGCGAGGUCCUUUGCAAGAUAUCGGCCUUUAUCCAGUGUAUGUCGGUGACAGUCUCCAUCCUCUCGCUUGUACUUGUGGCUCUGGAGAGGCAUCAGCUCAUCAUCAAUCCAACGGGCUGGAAACCCAGGGUCUCCCAGGCCUACCUGGGGAUCGUGGUCAUCUGGCUCAUUGCGGGCUUCCUUUCCCUGCCCUUCCUGGCUAACAGCAUCCUAGAGAAUGUCUUUCAUAAGAACCACUCCAAGGCUCUGGAGUUUCUGGUGGAUAAGGUGGUCUGUACCGAGUCCUGGCCACUGGACCAUCACCGCAUCAUCUACACCACCUUUCUGCUGCUCUUCCAGUACUGCAUUCCACUGGCCUUCAUCUUGGUCUGCUACGUUCGCAUCUACCAGCGUCUGCGCAAGCGGGGGCGGGUAUUCCGCAAGGGCACCUACAGCUUUCAGGCUUGGCAGAUGAAGCGGAUCAAUGUGAUCCUUGUGGUAAUGGUGGCUGCCUUUGCUGUGCUCUGGCUGCCCCUGCAUGUGUUCAACAGCCUGGAGGACUGGUACCAUGAGGCCAUCCCCAUCUGUCAUGGCAACCUCAUCUUCUUGGUGUGCCACCUGCUUGCCAUGGCCUCUACCUGUGUCAACCCUUUCAUCUAUGGCUUUCUCAACACCAACUUCAAGAAGGAGGUCAAGGCCUUGGUGCUGACUUGCCAGCAGAGCAUCCCUGUGGAGAAGUCCGAGCAUCGGCCUCUGUCCACAGUGCACACGGAAGUCUCCAAAGGGUCUCUGAGGCUCAGUGGCAGGUCCAACCCCAUCUAGCCAGGUUCAGGGCUUCUCGCUGCCAUGUUCAUUACCAGCAUCCCUCACUUAGCUAAGUGGGCACGUUGCAAGCUGGGGGUGGCACUGGCUUUGUGGGGCCCAGAUAGGGUAGCAAGAGCCUGUUUUUGCAUCCAUUUGCCUUGUGAAGCUGAGCAUUCUGAUGGUUCAGCUAUUGUUACUGGGAGAAUUCUGAGUCUGGAUUCUGCAGGUCACACACAGUAUGUCUUGCAUCCUGAGCAGAUGCCAGAGCCAGAGAUGGUCUGAUUGAUGGUCUGUAGUUCAUUCUGGUAACUCAGCAACAGAUGCCCAGCCCGGGAGCCCAGGGAUUUCACUUCCACCAGUGAGGCUGCAAGGCCAUGGUGGGAUGAGGGGAAGAACACGUGGAGUCAGAGUUCUGGACCUUGGUAAACCCCUAACCUCUGUGGGAGCCGAUGUUUGUGGGUGGACUUUGUAAGUGGUAAAGAGUUCUAUGGAGGCAAGACCGUGGGAUUAGCGUAUAUCAUUAGCACAUCCAGCUGCAGAGAAGGGACCCUGGCAGCCUGCUCACACUCCUCUGCAGUAGG